AUGGGGAGGAAAUUGCCCGCUCUUGCUCCGGCCGGGGCGGCGGCGGCGGGAAGGAAGCGAAAAGGUGCCACCUUGACAACGCUCGCCGCGUGCAAGCGCCCUGCGCGGGCGCAAGUAAUCGGCGGAUGGGCGUCCCUGCCCACCGACAUAGUUGGCCUCAUCACCUGCCGGCUCCUGGCCGGCGACGGCGACGGCGACGUGGUUGAUUACAUCGCCUUCCGCGCCGUCUGCUCCGGCUGGCGCGCCUGCACGCCCACGGCGCGCGACCCCACACUGCGGGAUCCCCGCCUACGCCCGCGCGGCUGGGUCGCUCUCUGUGACGGCGACGCCGUCCGCCCAGACGAUGCCUGCGAGAUCGUCUUCUUCCAUACGCGCACGGCCAGGCGCCUCCGCGUCCUCCUCCCGGAGCUCCGGCAACACAGGAUCGUUGGCUUCACCGACGGACUCCUCAUCCUCGUGCACAAGCGCACCACCGAGGUCCGCGUGCUGCAUCCCUUCACGCGCGUCGUGGUCGAUUUCCCGCCCCUCGCCCCGGUGUACCACGCGGUAGUCAGGCGGAUGAAGCUGCUCGACAUGAGCGCCGCGAUAUGCAGCAGCGCGUCCUCGGCGACCUCCAUUGCGGUGGUGGUCUGGUUCCUCUGCACAAGUGUGGUGCUCGGCGCCGACCCGGGUUCAGAUUGGGAGCUUCUCCACCGAGGUCUUUAUGUUUGGAAUACCUUGUCCUUCCAAGGAAAGCUCUAUGCCACCACCCUGUCUUCACACGAGAUCCUGCAGCUAUACCCUCCUCCCAGACAGGAGGAACCCCUCGAGAAUUCUGUGGUGGUUGCUCAUGCUCCAUAUUUUGCUGAUCGCAUGUAUAGCGAUUUUCUACUCGUGGAGUCUGGUGGAAGGAUGCUGCUCGUCGUCCGGCACCCAGCUCCUGGUACAAAGGAGAUGGACUGGUCGGGACUAGAAGUCUUCAGGCUCUAUGAAGUGCAUCUGAGCAGCCAGCAGUGUAAGCUUAUCCCGGUGAACACCUUAGGCGACCGCUCGCUGUUUCUCAGCGGUGACCGAUGCCUGUCUGUUUCGGCCAGGGACCUCCCAACCUUGAGCAGCAACUCCAUCUACUUCAGUCUACCAUGGGACCCCAUUGUGUUGCAUUCGCUGGGGACUGGUUUGUCCGAGCGCUUAGCCGAGUCCUGCAAAAUACAUGAUGGGAAGGACAGGAUACGCCCAUCUGUGCGCCCCUUCACCAUUGCUGAUCAUCUCAUGACCUACUGCCAUACUCCUGAGUGGUCUAAAGGACUCAUGUUCCACGAGUACCAACACAUACCUGAAUCUUUCAAGGAACUGAUUAAGAACAUCCGGGCACAGGAUGCGCAAGUGCGGAUUCCACGUAUUGGUUGA